AUGGAUAGUGACCAAGAGUCAGCAGAAUGUCCGUUAUGUUUGGAGGUACUCGAAGCUGAUGAUUUGACCUUUUUUCCAUGUACAUGCUGUUAUCAGAUUUGCCGAUUUUGCUGGCAUCGUAUUCGAACAGACGAAAAUGGUUUAUGUCCAGCAUGCCGAAAACCAUACAGUGAAAAUCCGGCACAAUUUAAACCGUUGACUGAUGAAGAAAUUCAACAAGUAAAACGUGAUAGAAAACUAAAAGAAUCAAAUAAAAAGCCAAAGAUAACCGAAAGUCGGAAACACUUAGCCAAUCUACGCGUUGUUCAACGAAACCUUGUAUUUGUUAAUGGACUUCCGUCACGUUUAGCUGAUACAGAAUUAUUGAGACGAAAUGAUCAUUUUGGUAAAUAUGGUAAAAUAGUCAAAUUAGUUACAUCACCAGCACACAAUGGACAAUUAAAUUCUAUAUGUGUAUAUAUAACAUAUUCUCGUUCAGACGAAGCUUUACGUGCUAUACAAUCUCUAUGUAACUAUCAUGUUGAUGGUCGAACAUUAAAAGCUACAUUGGGUACUACAAAGUAUUGCAGUCGAUAUUUAAAAGGUGCGACAUGUCAAAAAGCUGAUUGCUUAUACUUGCAUGAGCUAGGCGAUCCUUUAGCAAGUUUCACUAAAGAACAAAUGCAACAAGGUCUUCAUCUUGAAUAUGAACGAAAACUUAUGGAACAGUACACAAAUAAAUUAUUAUCAGAUACACCAAAGAUUGGACGAACGACAGUCGAUGGAACUAAAAGUGAAUCAGUAUCUUCACAAAAACAAAAAGGACCAACACCAUUAUUGACAACGACAAAUGAUUGCAAUGCUUCGAUAUCAAAUACAAUCAAUGGACAUUCUGAUUUAGAAUCAGGAGAUGAAACAAAUAAUAACAAUAGCAUUAGUACUACAUCAAAUCAUCAUACAAUGAAUGGAUAUCACAAUGAUACAUUCACUAGUACAACUACUAUGAAUGUUGAUACUUUAAAUGGUGAUUCUGACAUAUCAUCAACAUCAUCUCAAACGUCAUCUGAACAUGAGCCAUCUCUACGAUCGCAAAUGCAAACAUAUAAUAUAUCAUUAUUAACUAAUUGGCCGGACGAAUCAGGAAAUUUUUAUCCUACGAAUAAUAAUACUAAUAAUCUCGUAUCUUCAUCAUCUCAACUGAUAAAUAAAUCAUCUGUUUCAAACAUAUCAAACCCAGCAAAAGAUGUUCAAUCAAAUGAAACCACAAUUACUAAUACAGUGAAUGGUUUUGAUCAAAUACCAGAAUAUAAACUAUUUAGUUCAAAUAGCCCAUCUAUACAUUCGAUAUUAUUUGGUAAAAAUGAACAUACUCAACAGUCACAUCGACCAGUUAUAAACGGGAUUGAUCAUGAUUUAAGAGUAAUUGAAAAAAGAUUACUAGAAAGUAGUCUUGAUAACACAUCAUAUACUCAGACACAAGAAAAUGAUGAACUCGGCUUCGAUCCAUGUAGUUUAUUUAUGUCCGCACUUGCAUCUGAUAUCGAAGAUGAAAGACGACCACUAUCAUCACAAACAUCUGUAUCAUAUCGUCCAACAUCAAAUUCAUAUGGAUUUCCAUCAAAUCAAUUCACUUCAACGACCAAUAAUUCAUCUCAAGGGCAGAUGAAUUCAUAUUGGAUGAUGCAACAACACCCGCAGCAACAGCAACAACAGUCUCAUCAUUAUCAAGAACCACCAACGACACCACAAAGACAACAAAGAUAUCCACUCCCAUUUAAUGGAUCAUCGCCUAGACAGAUUUGGAGUGGGAAUCAACAACAGCAACAGCAAUCACUACAAUACGGAUCACAGAUUUCAAGUCAAAUCCAACAGCAACGACUUCCACAUCGACAGCCAUCACCAUCACCAUCACCACAAUUUUCACGGGCAAUAAAUAAUACUUAUCCUUCUAAUAGUACUCUGAUCACAAAUGAUGUACCAUCAAAUGAUCGAUGGAUAAAUUUACCUUGGACAGAUCCAGCUAUUAUAUCACUUGGUAAUAAACUUGAAACUCCAUCAUCACAAUGGUCUACACCUAUGCAAUCCCAGGGGCUUUCUGGACUAACCUCAGGAAAUAAUCUCAUGGCAAAUUCUCGUUGGUCACAGCAACAGAGUCAAACACAUAUGCUAACAAAUGGAACCUUUUUGCCAUAUUCAACAACAUCAGGUGCUGAUGAUGGAAAUCUUUCGUAA